AUGCACCGUCAGAAUUCACCAAGCCCCAAGGCUCUCGCUCCGUCUCCUCUGGCGGAUUUCGGCCUGUCUCUGCACACAGGAUUCCAUCACCAUCGCACAGAGAGCGACUCUGCUUCAGCAAGCCCAAGCUCGGCCACCGCCAGUCCCACGUCGUCUCCCGGCUCGACCUUUCACAGCUUCUAUCGGAAGCACCGCUUCUCCGGCUCGAAUCAUGCCGACUCCGACAGCCGGAGUCGCAGUCGCAGUCCGUUCACCGUCGCUUCCUUCUCGUCCCGCCGCUCGCCCGUCUUUCUGCGUCACCGUCCCUCCGCGGUAGAUUUGGCCUUGAGUGAAGAACGGUCGCGAUGCGACGAGGAUGCCAUCGAGCGGAUAGGCCUGAGCAUGAUGGAGCCGCGGCCGGUCGAUCCGAUCCCGAUCGCCAUGGACCUGAACGCCCAUGUGUUGGGGGACAUCUCGAGUGAACGGAGCUCGUGGAUACAAUCGCAAAGCCAGUCGAUGCGAGUGAGCCCGCAGCCGCCACGGCAUUCUACUAUUCGACUCGGCUCUGGAAUAUUCGGAUAUGGCGGUAUUAUGAACUUGAUCAGAACUGACUACACUGCACUGAACUGCACUGGGACGUUUUACAUGUUAGUUGCUGGUUUUUUUAUUGCAAUUUGCAGAUACGUCGGUACACAAGUACAGACAGAUUUUGCCAUCAAAUCUUGCCAUGCAUGUCCUUACUAA